CUCCCUUGAACGCCAAUGUCCGCCAUUUGUAAAUCGAUGGGACGGAGAAUUGCUUAAAAAUUGAUGCAACGUAGCGUCGAGAAGCUAGUUUAUUAACCAUGUAGCUUAUAUUUAACCUGCAAAAUAUUGUAUUUUUGGAUGUCCUCUAAGACAGGGGGAAGAAAUAUAAAAUGUGGUUGUGUUGACUAUUAAACCAGCAGUUAUGGAUGGGAAUCCUGCAUCGGAGCAGACUGCAUACAGAUGCAGAUUUUGCUUCAAACCAUGUUCAUCCUUAUCAGACUGUACUGUUCAUGAGAGUACCCAUCUAACAUUAGGUUUCAGUGAUCAGCUGCCUGGUCAGGUACGGCCAAUGUUUGAUCAUGCUCUGCCGCCAAUGUAUAAUGCUCCGUAUGCACAGCCAUUGGAGAGCUUUGAGAAACUUGUGCAACCAUUGAGAAACCCUGGACAGGACUUGCGGCAGCAGAUGAAUCCAAGAGCUGUUGUUUCACCAACAGGUUCUGAGAACUCACAAAUGGAUAUGUGGGGACUCAGUUCGCAGGAUAAGAGAAAUCUGGUUACAGUAAACCAGAAUGGUAGGAAUUCUGUGCCAGCGAGCCCCUCAAGUUUGGUAGGCUCAAGCCCUGCUGAUCAAAGAAACUUUAUUCCUUCAAGUCCAGCCGAUUCUUUGAGUGGUUUUCCUGCUAGCCCUGCUGAUGGGAGAAACUUUAUUCCACAAAGUCCAGCAGUUGAUCAGAGAAACAUGCUUCCAAAUAGUCCAAUUGAUCCUCGUGGUCCAGUGGAUCACCGUAUGGUGAACACAAGCAGGCCACAAGAUAUGCGGAACAUGAUCCCACACAGUCCAGCAGAUCAGCGCAACAUGAUCCCACACAGUCCAGCAGAUCAGCGCAACAUGAUUCCUUCAAGUCCCGUUGAUCACAGAAACAUGGUACCGGCAAGUCCAGUUGAUCAUCGUUUGACUGCUGCUGGACAUUUGGAUCAGAGACCAAUUGGUAGUCCUGACAUGAGAAACAUGGUUCCACAUAGCCCAUCAGACGGUCGUUCUGUUUCCAUGCCUGCUCAAAUGGAUCCACGCACAAUGGUGAAUCCAAGCAUGACAGAUAACAGGACCCAUGCAAUACAGUCUAUUGUUGCUGAUAUCCGUAACAGUGCUGAGCAGAGGUCUGUUCCACAACAAAAUUUCAGAUCCAAUGAGAGUUCAGGCUUCUCGGUGGUGAGCCGGCCCAUGGAAAUUCCAAGCAGGAUGGACAAUCGCAUGAUGCCAAUGGAAAUGCAUAAUAUGAAUCACCAACCACUGCACUAUGGGGGCCCCAGUUUUCUUGAGAGUCUUACAAGUAAUCUGUACGAUCCUCCAUCGAAGCCAAUGGCCUCCCAAAUGUAUGCAUCACCAUCAUUAUCCUCCAGCGAUUCACGAGUGUACUCCCAGCAAGGCUUCCCUCUGCAAGGCAGCGACAACCAGCCAGCUGGGCAUGGCAGUUUCAGCAAGCUUCUGGCCUCUCCGACACAGUCUUCAUAUUACAUGCUGCCGUAUCCCAGUCAUGCGCCCCCACGGUACAACAUGCCUAACAAUUUACCGCAACCUGGUCCUCUUAACUACUACAACCAAGGUUUACCGGACCCCUCUGCCAAGGUUGAGCAGAUUCUACCACUUCCAAAGCAGACAUUGCACUAUGGUCAACCACCUCACAGUGGUAACCAUACACCUCAAAUGAACCAUUCCCAAUAUCAAGACACCAUUCCAAAACUGGAUCAGAACAUGCAGCAUCAGCAUCACAAAAUGCAGCAGCAGCCGCAGAUGUCUCGACCUCAGAUUGCAAGUCCUAUUCCUGUUCAUGUAUCCGUUGGACAUAUGCCCCCUGGAUAUAACCAUACAACAGCUUCAUCGCAGAUGACCUACAGUGAUUAUUAUAAAGGCAGCCAGUCUCAAACACAUAUCCAUGCUCCAGUGCCUUCUAGACCAGCUGUUUGUUCAAGUAUCUCCACAGAAAAGGUCCAAAGUGCAGUUGGAAACUCUCGUGAUUCCUUAAAGGAGUGUUACAUUUGCCAUGCUCCAUUUGGGGACAUGAAUGAACUUUCAAAGCAUUUGAAGAUUCAUGCACAGGGUAUGGUUAAUCAAACUACGCUUCCCCAUGUUUCAGCAGUGACAAGUGAUCUGAAUGAGAGUCACCCAAAGGCAGUUUUAGGGUCCCCACUUAAUGGUCCCAGUUCUCUGUCACAGAAUCUAACAGUUAAACCAGCAACAGCGAUUCCACCCUCGGUGAAAGAAUCACCUAAAACUGCAGAGAGUAAUAAAAUUCAUUCCAAUCCAGAACAUUAUGAAUGUAACAUUUGUAAAAAACAGUUCAAGUCAAAGUUGAAAUGUGCACGUCAUGAGAAAGUGCACCAGCGUGACGUGAGGCUAUUUUAUUGUGAAGUUUGUGAGGCAGGGUUUGAAUUUAAAGGAAAUUAUGUGUAUCAUGUGGUGAAAAUGCACGGGGAAGGCAAUGUGGAGAUAAAAGAUCUGAAAUCUAAAGAGCCUACUGCUGGAACUAAAAAAGCUGUGCCUUUGACCGGUGGCUCAAUAGACAGAAGUUUUGAAAGUGUGGAGUCAGAAUCAGAUAAAUAUAUAAACUGUCAGGUCUGUGAACAGGAAAUUGAAGUGGAAAACCUUGUGAAACACUUGAAAACACACCCAACAUUAGAUUGUGAAAAAUGUGACCAGGUGUUUAUUCAUAAGACUGAAUAUGUAACCCAUUUGAUGAGUGAGCAUAGGAAUGAAUUGCCGAAUGCUGUAGACACACUUGUCCCAAAGUCUACAACAAGCAAACUGAAAGAUAAUGUGAAAAUAAAAAGUCCCAAGAAGGAAUCUGCCAAGAAGCAGAAACCUGAAAUAUUUAACAAUGAAUUAAUUAAUGAACCCGAGAAAUCAACAGAGGUUGUAAAAGCUGUUGCUGACCUCAAAGAUAAGAACAGUGAAAAAUGUGAGGAAACAACCAAGAAAAAUAAGAAAGUUCUCAAUACAAAAAUUGAGAAGAAAACUACAAAGCCGAAAGAAAAGAAAGGUAUAGUUUAUGAAGAUGAGGACAUUGGAAAAGAUCAAGAUGGAAAGAAAAACGAAGCCGAUUCUGCAGAUGCUGAGUCGAAAUUUACUUGCUAUGACUGCAAUCAAGCAUUUGAAAAUCAGAUGGAUCUCAGUAAACAUUUUGAAAAGCAUCCGAAAGAUCCCAGUAGAUUGUAUUGUGAGAUCUGUAACUUAUCAUUCCAGCACAGAUUUGAAAAAGGUUAUUACAUCUACCACAUGAAAUACCACUGUGACGCCGAAUUGCUUGCCACUAAUAAGCCGAAUGAUAUCAUAUGUAAUAUUUGCCAGCAGUCGUUCAAGAAAGAUAAUUUUAUAACACACAUUCGCCGUGAUCAUACUGAAUAUUCAUGCACAAUUUGUGAAUGGUCGUACUCUUCAGAAAAAGUCCUGGUAGGUCACAUGAGAAAGUGUCACCCAAGGGAGCAUAAACACUUUGUCUAUGUGAAGAAAGAUUACGAUGCCAGUGUCUUAGAAUAUAAAACAACUGGUUCUUCAGUAUCAGAAAUAAAUAACUCUCAAAGUGAGCAAGGUGAUUCAUCAAAAUUCGAUCCAUCAAAGACAAUUCCAUGUACCUUGUGCUCUAGGAUGUUUUCCAAAAAGCACUAUCUUGAUAGACAUGUGCUGAAAUCUCAUUCUACCUUAGAGAGCAGUCAGAUUACAUGCGAACUAUGCCCCAAAACUUUUUGCUGUAAAGGGACUUACUUGUAUCAUAUUCAGUUUCAUGAAGAUGUUUCAAAAGAAUCUGUCAAGUCUGAAAUAUCAACAAAGAGGGAAAGUAAAAGUUUUAAAUCAGAAAGAACUGAAGUAAAGCUUGAUAAAGAUGAAAAGAAUAGUGAAAAAGACUGGAAGGUUAAAAUAGAGGACUGUAAAGAAAUCAUCCCAAAGGUUGAGCAUUAUAGCAGUGUAAAAGCUGUUAAAGUAGAAACAAAGAUUGAAGUAAAAGAAAAGAGGGUUAAGACCAUUUUAGUUCUUAAUCCUGUUACUGGUGAUUUUGAGGAUCAAACUGUUAAUGAAUCAGACAAUGAUAAACCUAUGGUGGUGGACACUAAAGUGUUUGAAACUGAUCUUUUAAAAUCUGAAAGCGAGAAGGAUGAAGUCCAUGAAGGAACUAAACAUAUUUCCAGAGUUAAGUGCAGGUUGUGCAAUUCAAAGGUGCUGAAGACACUUCUGUCAGAGCAUAUAAAAACCCAUAAACUUUUCAAUUGCUAUGCUUGUGAGUUCACAUAUCUCAAAGCUCAAAAGCUGGAUGAGCAUCGACAACAUGUGCAUAUUGAUGAAUAUAUUUAUGAUGAGAUAGGAAAACUGAAGACAGAUGAUCCUGCAAUGGCUGAAUGUGAAGCAUCAAAAACUGAUGAACCUGAGCCUGAGACAGAUAAGGAGAAUGUCAAGCGAAAGCGUGGGGCAAGACUUCUUAAUUGUGCAUUGUGCAACAAAGAACUGAAAGAAGAUAAGUAUAUUGAACAUUUGAAGUCGCAUAUUAAACAGGUAUUUACCUGUGGAUUUUGUGAAAGAAGUUACUCCAAAAUGGUUUACCUGAAAAUUCAUGAAAAAUCUCAUGAACGGAUUGCUCAUUCACAAAUUGAACUACCUCAUCCCAAACUUUGUCCAGUGUGUAAUGUUAAGAUUGAAUCAAGGGGACAUUAUGUUUCACAUUUGCUUGAACAUCGUAAGAAAGGUUCUUUUCCAUGCAACAAUUGUGAAUCGGUGUUCCUUAGUGAAAAGGGUUUGGACAAUCAUAUAAAAGUUUAUCAUGAUCCACUAAUUAAAGUUUACUGGAAAUUAGAUGGUGAAGGUUUAAAGUUUGAUCUUAAAACUGGUAGAGUCAGUGAGGUGAUAUGUGACCAUCUGUCUGAAAUUCGUGAAAUUAAUGAACUGCUGAAACAGAAUGGAAAGCCUGAAAUUCUUCAAAGAACUACACCUAAGAAGGGUAAGGAUAAACGUUUGAGCAUCAAGGGAACAGGAAAAGGUGAUAAGAAAGCUUCUAAUGCUGAAGAAAGUGAAGAUGUAGAACACACUGAGGAAGAUGAGACUGUUAAAUCAAAAUCAGAUUCAUCAGAUGUGGAGUAUGUACCAGAAGAAUCAGAAGGAGGUAGUAGUGAAAACAAAAGCUCUGGGAAGGUAACAAAACAAAAAGAGGUCAACAUGAAAAUUGAUGAAAGUAAUUCAGGAAGAAAACGGCGACAUAGCUCAAGGAUAAGGAAUACCUCUGGGAGUGAAGAUGAUGAUACGGAUGGGGAAUCUGUUUCAGAAAAAGAAUACAAACCAAAAGGUACUAGAACUAGAAAGCUAGACAAAAAAGAGAGCAAGAAAGCAAAAUUGACUGAAGGUGAGGCAAGUGCAGGAAAGAAAAUUACAUCUAUAAAAUUGAAGAAGGUUGACAAGAAUUUUAAAUUGAAGGGCACUGACAGAGUAUUACGAAGCACUCUAGAACAGAAAAUAUCAAAACCACACAUUCGCAAGUUGAUAUUGAAAAGAACCAUGCACAGAAAGCUGAAAAAUAUAGCAAAAUCUCUCAAAUGCAACAGUGGAUCUGGGAAUUCAGCAGUGAAAGUGGAUGAUAAUGAUGAACAUGCCAAGACUCAAAGUGAAUGUGAAUUUUGUAAAAAGUUGUUUUCUAGUUCACAGUACUUGAACAUUCAUAUUCAGUUUAAACACAAGGGGGCAGCUCCGAAAUUAUUGAAGAAAAAAGAUUUGGUAGCAUCCUCUACAAAGUCGACACCUAUUGUUGGCAAAUUGAGAACCCGGACACGAAAUCUUGAGACAGAAGAUGUCAAACCAAUAUCAACCAGUACACCAAAAAGAAGUCCAAAGUUAGUCAUUCGUCUCUCACCAUUGAAUAUGAAUGACAGCAAAGAAGAAAGCAGCAAUAAGAAUGAUAGCAGUAGCAGUACAGUGAGCAUGCGAAAAAAUCAGAGCAAAUCUGAAAGCUUUCCUUGCCAACAUUGUGAGAAAGUUUAUAAUUUGAAAACCCACAUAGUGCGUCACAUGAAUUCUGCCCAUCCUGGGCAUGAGCAAAGUUCUAGCAGUCCAAUAUCUAGAUCUGACAUGAAAAAGAAAGAAAAACAACAGAAACCGUUUCCGUGCAAAGAUUGCUCAGAAUCUUUUACUAAGAAAAGGGACUUGUAUAUCCAUACUAAAAUUCAUCAGAACGAUGGGGAGACUUGCGCAGAUUCGCCUGCUUUGUCUGUGUCUGUUGACCAUGGAAGUAAUGUGGCUUCUGAAAGUGACUUGAAUGUCAGUGAAGUAAAAGGCAAUACUACUGAUGCAAGUGCAAAUGAGAAUGUCAGUGAUAGUGGUAAGGGCCUGAAUGAAAGUGGAAUGAUCGGAACUACAUCUGACAAUAAAGAGACUUCAAAGAAUCAAAGAAAGCGAACUUACAGUAAAGGUGAAGAAGAUUCUGAAAUACCAGAAAAGAAAAGCCGAAAGGGUAAUUAUGACAAUAGCAGUAAGGUUGUGAAUGAAAAUGGUCAAGGGUCCGGGCCUAUCUCAGGGAAAAUGAAUGAUGUAUGUGAAACAGACACAUCAGAUAGUGUUGACUUUAAAGGCUUGGACAGUGUGGAAGGUUCAUCUCAGGAAGCGUCUGGUUGUGACAAUGUUAGUAAGUCCGGUGAGCAAAGUGAAAGGUACAAUAACAAUACUAAGGAGCAGGGGAAAGGAACAGAUUGUGAAGCGGAGGAGAAAAAAGCAAGACCUCAGCAACCGUCUGUUACAAAAAUCUCAGCUGAAAAAGCACUGAUCAAAUGGAGAGCCAAAGUGAGGGACACACUUGCGUCACAGCUUGAAUUGAAUGCCACAAAGAAACAGGAGGAGAUAGCCAAUCCAGAAGUGGCCCGAGCUAAAGAGAAACUGUCCACAAAAAUGAAAAAUGAAAUUAAGAACUUUGAGUGUCGAAUUUGUGGCGAUAAAUUUGUGGAAGAGGAAUUGUUCCGUGCCCAUAUGGAAGGACAUAUGUACGAGUCUCCACCAUAUUGCAGCAUCUGCGAUAUUUACUUUAUGGCAAUUUACCCGAAAAAACGACUUGCGGAGCAUAACAAAAAGAAACAUCCUAUUGCUCUUUGAUUGUCCGGGUUGGUUGUUAUGUUAUGGUCCUAUGCAUUUGUUUUGUUGUUCAAUAUAUGUAAAUUUGAAUGUUGUUUCCUUUUGUUAUUUGUUGGGUUUAUCUUGCGUUUUGCAAGUGGUUUGUUCUUCAUUAUGGAAAUACCUUUAUUAUGCAUAUGUAUAGUUAGCUCAUACAUGUACGUUAUGUACAAAAGCUACUGUUAAAAAAAGAGUUUUGUUAUAAUUGAAGAACUCUUAAAAGUAAGAAAGUUGUUCAUUAAUAUUUUGAAUGCGCUUUAAGUACAUACAGAAUAAUUCUGUCUGUAUAGUUUACAUGUUAAAAUCAAGAUAUAUGAAACAGGAACAUAAGAUUGAGAAAUCACAUCAAUCCCAUAUUGAAUUACAUUCUUUCUACAUCAUGUGUUUCCCAUUUUAUUCCUUUGUCUGAUGAAUGCUACUGGUUGAAUGGUUACUUACAUUGAAAUAAAUAUUAAUGAAAUAAUGUUAACUCUUUUUUUGUUAAUUCAAUUGACGGAGUAAAAAAAAAAUUGUAUUUGAAAUAUUUCUGUGUUACUAGUCAUUUUAAAUAGAUUUUGACUUAAUCUAGUUAUUACAGUUUUGGGCGAGCAAAAUAUAUAUUUGUAGAGAAAGAUGAGAAAACUAAAUAUGUAGCGUUGUGUGUGUGACAUUUAUUCUUUUAAAUGUUAAGAACCUGAAUAUUUGAUUAAAAUUAUUGAUUUCGUUUGGGAAUUCUAGUCUACUUAGUCGAAGUUUGGGUCAGUAACUAAGUAAAUUAAAUUUCGCGGACGAUGGCCAAUGACUAUGUUUACUUUAAGCAGUUAUUUUACAGACACUGAAAGUACUUUGUAAUAAAAAGAUAAUUUGAUUGUGCAUGUUAGUAGUGUAUAUGAUUUGUUGUGUGCCAUGUUGAUGUAUUUCCUUUUGUAAAAACACUGCUUAUCUGUAACUUGUUUAAUUUUUAAGGGUUUAUGGAUUCAAUGACUACCGUUAAUAUAGUACGUACCUCUGUAUGAGACAUUUAAUCUGUUUAUAAGCUUAUUAUUGCAAAAACAGUAAGUUGUUUGAUCGUGAAACAUAAAGAGAGUUUAGAUGUGUUUAUUGGUAUUGAUGAGGUAGUAGUAUACAUGUAAUUAUAUAUAUUUGUGUUAUAGCCAUAUAUAUUUGCUUUGACAACACCAUAUAUAAAGGAGCAAAACUAUAUCGUUUGGUUUGAAAACAAAGCUAAAACUGAUAAUUUUAAGACAUUGACUUUAAAAUAUGGCUUGAUUGAAUAAUUUUAAUAUUGUUGAAGACCUUUUAUGAAAAAAAUAUUGUUGUUAAAAUCAAAUGCAUGUGAAUGGAUGUUUGAGAUUCUUUCACCUUUUGUUCAAAGAUCUGAGUUUUUAAUACUUGUGCAUGGUCUUUUCUUGCUUAAUACCCCAUAUAUUGUACGCUAAAUAUUAAGUCCUUCACCUUUGCUUUCUAUAUAAGAAUAGCUCAGAUUUAUAAUUGGGACUAAAGUUUCGUUUGCAGACUAGUGAGACAAUAUAGGCAUCAAUUACUUGAAUUAGUACGCAUUAAUCUUAGCUCAUGUGAAAAGUUCACUUACUUGUCAUCGAGUCCCUUUUUUGUUACCCAAUUAUGUUAUCAAUAUAUGUAUCCCGGAAAAAGCAACUUUUUGGGAAAACCCACUAAUCUGCUAGUACAAAUAAACAUGACCCAUUUAUAUUCCUUUCAAAAUCACACACCGUAUCAACAGAGCUCCAGAUAACUUUUCUGAGUAAUUGGGUAAAUACCUACUAUUUUGAGUUCAAUUGGGUAUUUUCAUUUUCAAUUGGGUACAAAAAAAAGUCGGUACCCACUACUUUAAUUGACAAUUGUGUAUUUUUGUGUUAAAAUUGUGUAUUUUCAUCGUUUUUUAUUUUCACCUGAAUGAGCUGGUUGAAGUUCCACUCUUAAUUGAUUAGUUUCAGAGAUCUUGUGUAAUUAUGUAGAUGUAUCCAUAAUAUACAGUCUUGAUUAAAAAAAAAAUCGACAAUUUUUUCCACCAGUUUUCUUACAAUGUAAGCACUGUCUGCGCUAGCCUCCGACACAAUAUCGUCCAGAAUUAGUUUCACUAUAUUUUCCGCUUCUGAUUUUGUGUUGCUAGUGGUUAAAAAACUUAAAAUUGAGUUUUUUGUGCCUGGGAUACGAUAUUUCCCUUUUUACGGCCUCGUGGUUUCGACAUUUUCACAGCAAUAACACAUAGUUACAUAGACGCUUUCUUCUGUACAUAUAAUUGUGCUGAAGAUUAUACUGAAAGCGCGUGGACGAAACGGAAAGAGUCCGGGUAAUCGGACCCGGGUAUUUCCGGGACAGAUUUACUUGUUACUCAGAGGAAAAAUGCGAUAUGCGUAAUCAGCAAAUUCAAUUGGGUUUCGGUAAGCAGAGUUUUAUUUGUCUAUGCAUAAUAGGCAAUUUUACAUUGGGUAUUUACGCAAAUACGCACCUUAUCUGUAGCUCUGUAUCAACCGUUAUUAUUUAAAGUAAGCUAUCAUUGGUUGAUAUAAUGGACCGGUGUUGUUUGUACUGAGGUGAUUAGUGGGUCUUUCUAAACUUGUGCUUUUCCGGGAUCAGUCUAUUGUGAAAUUAUUGUUGUUGAAUUUAGUAUAUUAUUUUAUGUUAUCAAGGUAAUUUCUAAUUUGUGUUGCAAUUUUUAAUUUAAAGUUGUGAAGAAAGCCAAAAUCCUUUACUUUUUUUCUGGUUUACCACUAUUUUUAUGCAAAUGGACUUGAGUUCUUCCCGAUUUAUUGUAUGUAUGAUUGUUAAAAUUUAUAGAAAUAUAUUAUGUAUGGGAUUUAUUCUUAGAGCUAGCUAAGGUGUCUGGUUUCGAGACUUCAUGUUCUACAAGUGUAUGUUUCUGUUACAUUUACAAUAACAUUUAUAAACAUAAGACCUGUAAAGCAAACAAUUCAUCAUGUACACCUCAUCAUUAUAUACCAUCAAUUUUAUUAUUAACAUAUCAAUAUAAAGUUUGAUGUACAGAAACAAGAUUUAUUAUUGUUGUCUAUUUUAUGAAAUUGUAUUUGAAAUAAGCACAAUUUCGAGACGUUCACACGCGCAUACUUAUUGCUUAUAGUUACACAGAUUAUGCCUCAUAUGCAAUAUGCACACUGCUUCAUUAGAUAAAUGAUAUCAAAUACUAAGACAUGCCCAUUUUAGCCAUUGAUGUAACAAAACAUUGAUCAUUUAGUAAUUAAGCAUAAAUAAAUACAUUACUAGGCAAAAUAAGCCUUGUUAAUUGGAAUAGAUUAAUUGCUAAAAAUGUUGGUAAUUGAUGCAUGAAUUGCAAAAGGAGUCAGAACAAAAUCUUCAUUAAAAUAUAAUAUGAACGGCGUUAUGCAAAAAAGCAUGAGCGCAGUUUAGUGAGGAGCUACCCCGUAAGCUAUAGUCGUGCAAGGUUUUAUGGUGAUCACAGAGGACAGAGUAGCUCCUAACCAGACUGCCUCAAUUUGCAAUUGCAAUUUGGGACUAAGCUGGCCACAUAUGGCGUAAACCCCUUUAAGCAUGACGUGAAUAAUUUGCUGUCAAUGUCAUCUUUAAACUAUAAUAAUGAACUUGCAAUAUCUUUUAUUUAAGUUAGAUGUUGUAAUAUGUUGAAUUUUCAUUCAUACAUUUAUCUAUCAUUGUUAAAUGUUCACUUCAUGUAAAGACGGGGAAUCGCUUAUCUGAUACUUGUACAUUAUGUGUACUUUUCAGGUCAUACCUGUGUAUAAAUGUAAAUAAAUUGUUUCCAUCCAUUUCUUACAUAAAUAUCAUGUCAGUUUAUUGUGCAGCUGUUUCUUUUCUUUUUAAAUAAUAAGUAUAUCUGUUAUUUCAUGCUGCAAACUGUCAAUGAAUUUUCUGUUGAUAAGAUCUUUUUCUUCAAGAACAUCAUUUUAAAAUGAAUUAUUAUUUCGUAGCUCAGUUGCUUGUUCUCACUUUGAUAGUGAAUGAGUAAAUGUGUUAGUUGUUUUUUUGGUCGUUAGCUUCAUUUUCACUUUUUCCAUGUACAGAACCACAUGAUGUAUUACAUUAUAUUUUGUAUCUACAUUUUGGUAAAUCUUUGGUAACACUUCAACAUGUCAGAUGCUAAUGCUGCAUGUGUUUACACAUAACUCUCAUCAUUAUCCAUAUACAGGAAUGUAUCUUGCAUUGUAUAAAAACCAUUUUAACCAUGAACAAUACCAUGUGAACAAAUCACUGAUGUAUGUAAAUAAACUGAUUGUAAUAAAUGAUUACUAGAUAAA